AUGUCCACAACGAUAGUUAUUGAUACAAGUAAAUCGUUAUCAAAUGGUACAGCAAGCAGUGGAAAUUUGCCAUACAGUUGGGAUAGCACUGGUACUACGAUUGUUACUGAAGCAGAUGUAAGCAGUGGUGUUGGCUUGUUUAUUCGCAGUGAUGUACUUUAUAUAUCCAAUGACGAUAUUCAACCCGACAUAUAUCAAAUGGCAACAUCAGCAGCUUCACCAACACUUCUCUUUUCAAGUGCUAGUCUCUCAAGUCCUCAAUCAGUUUAUGUUGACAGUACAGCUAGUUAUGUUUAUGUGCCGGACUUUGAUCAAUCAUGCAUUUUAAAAUUUACUAUCGCGGGAGAUGGUAGCAAUAGUCAAAUGACUUCACCAACUGGUGUAUAUUAUGAUUCGACAACUAAUUAUUUAUACAUAGUUGAUGUGACAGCAAAUGUUGUUCUGAAAUGGAGGCCAUUUGCUAUUAGCGGUACUGUUGUUGCUGGAGUUUCAGGGACAAGUGGCUCUACGUCAUCACUUCUUAGUGCACCAUAUAGCGCUUAUUUCGAUUCAUCAUCAAAGGUGUUAUACAUAAAUGAUUCUGGAAAUGGACGAAUUAUAGCUUUUUGUGAAGGCUCCUCUUCAGGAACAACCAUUGUUGGUACAGGUCAACUUGGUAAUGAAGCAACAGAAUUAAAUUUUCCAUACGCAUUUUCAUUCGAUUCAUCAUGGAAUCUUUAUGUCAUGGAUACUUUAAAUAAUCGAGUGCAAAAGUUUGCUAAAAUAUAA